AUGCUUCUCCUUGCAGGCUGCUAUAUUCUUCGCCCAAACUCCUUCUCCAUUUGGGAGAGCAUUACCGCCUUCUUUGACAAGGGCAUCAAGGAUCUUGGGGUCCAGAAUGCCUACUUCCCCCUCUUUGUCACAGAAAAUGCCCUCAACACUGAGAAGGACCACGUUGAAGGCUUUGCAGCGGAGGUGGCCUGGGUGACAAAGUCAGGGCAGAGCGAAUUGGAUCGCCCCAUUGCCAUCCGCCCCACCAGUGAGACUGUCAUGUACCCCUACUACGCACAGGCAGGCGCUCAAUCCCCUGAAACUGAAAUUUGGAUCCGGAGCCAUAGAGACCUGCCAUUGCGGCUGAACCAGUGGACGAAUGUGGUGCGCUGGGAGUUCAAGCACCCGACGCCCUUCAUCCGCACGCGCGAAUUCUUGUGGCAGGAGGGCCACACCGCCUUUGCCACCAAGGCAGAGGCCGAGGAGGAGGUGCUCCAGAUCCUGGACCUCUACUCCAGAGUCUACACCGACCUACUUGCUGUCCCAGUCUGCAAGGGGAAGAAGUCGGCGAAGGAGAAGUUUGCAGGCUCGCUGUACAGCACAUCAGUGGAGGCAUUUGUGCCGGCGACGGGGCGCGGGGUGCAGGGCGGUACCAGCCACUGCCUGGGCCAGAACUUCUCCAAGAUGUUCAAGAUUGAGUUUGAGGCGGACGACGGCAGCAAGCAGUUUGCCUGGCAGAACAGCUGGGGCCUGUCCACGCGCACCAUCGGCGUCAUGAUCAUGGUCCACGGAGACGACAAGGGCAUCGUGAUGCCGCCGCGGGUGGCGCCGCUGCAGGUGAUUGUGAUCCCCAUCCCGGCAGGCAGCAUGUCAGACGCGCAGCGAGCAGAGCUGACCAGCACGACAGCAGACUUGGUGGCACAGCUGAAGCAGGCAGGCGUGCGCGUGCAGUGCGACGACCGCGACAACUACCGCCCCGGCUGGAAAUACAACCACUGGGAGGUCAAGGGUGUGCCGAUCCGGCUGGAGCUGGGGUUCAAGGACUUGGAAAAGAAGAGCGCAGUGCUGGCCCGGCGAGACACCGGCGCCAAAGAGACCGUCGCUCUGACUGAUGUGGCAGCACGCGUCCCUGAACUGCUGGAGCAGAUCCAGGCUGACAUGUUGGCCAGAUCCACUGCCGAAUUUGAGGAGUGCAAGGAGACAGCCACAACAUGGGAUGAGUUCAUGGCGGCACUUGACAGGAAGCACAUGGUUCUGGCACCCUGGGCGGAUGAGGAGGAGAUCGAGGAGGAUGUGCGGAAACGCAGUGCGACUGCCGAGGCCAUGGGCGCCAAGACACUGUGCAUACCCCUGGAGCAGCCGGAGCUGCCGCCCGGCACCAAGUGCUUCGCGUCCGGCAAGGAUGCUAAGAACUGGGCCCUCUGGGGCCGGUCAUACUGA